AUGAGCUCCAUCGGCACCGGGUAUGAUCUCGCCGCCUCGACCUUUUCUCCAGAUGGCCGGAUUUUUCAAAGUUUUCUUUAUUUCUCAAUUCUUACUUAUUUCGUUUUUCAGUCGAAUACGCGCAAAAAGCUGUAGACAAUGGUGGAACAAUGGUUGCUUUACGAGGAAAAAAUGGUGUCGUGAUUGCUGUCGACAAAGUUAUCACGUCAAAGUUGUACAUUGAUGUGAGUUUUAAAUAACUAUUUUUAUUUUAUAAUCAUUUUUGUUCAGGAUGCAAACCCUCGCAUGUUCAACUGCAAUGAUAAUGUUGGUAUGGCGAUUGCUGGAGUUUAUCCCGAUGGUUUCGCUCUAAAGGUAGGAUUUUUUAAAUGUGCUCAUUUUAAUGGAAUGAUUCAGGAUUAUGCUUGUGGCGAAGCUAUCAAAUGGCUCAAGGAGUACCGAGAACCUAUGUCUGUGCAAAAGCUGGCCACUUCUGUCGCCGAAUACAUCCACAUUUUCACUUUGGGAAUCAGCCGACCGUUUGGCGCCUCGGCGUUCUUUUCCGCGUGGGAUAAAAAGGUUUCGACAUAAAUUUUAAUGAAGAAAAUGUAGCAUCUUUUUAUUUUUAUUUGAAUGAACCAUUUUUUGUUUUUUGUUUUCAUAGUUGUUGAAACCAUUAUUUUUUUCAAUUCCAGAAGGGCGGUCGUCUUUUCCUGGUCGAGCCUUCUGGCCUAAACUACGAGUACAAGGCUUGGGCCGUAGGAAAGCAUCGUCAAGCUGCCAAGGUUCAUUUUCGUCCGUUUUCAUCAAUAUCUAUUUAUUUUUUUCAGGCUGAGAUCGAAAAAUUGAAGCUGGACCAACUCGAUGUUCAAGAUUUGGUCAGAGAGGCCGCCCGUAUCAUUAUCGCCAUUCGUGAUGAAAAUAAGGUCUUUCCAUCUUUCAAUAGGUUUUCAUUCAUGAAUUUUUAUUUCAGGAUAAGGACGUCCAAAUUGAAAUGGGAUGGGUUGGAGAGAACACCAAUGGAAAGCACGAGGUUAGUUUUAUCUAUCCAUUUGUUUUGUUAUAUAAGAUUGAAAUGAUGACUGUGUUAAUUAUUGGAAGGUGGUUUUAACUUUCUCUAGGGAUAAGAAUGUUAUUGGAGUUUUUUGUCAAUCUUUAAAAAAAAUUAGAAGGUAGAAGUGAUGGAGUUGAUUUUUAUUUGCUGGAAUCAGAAAUCUAAGAUCGAGAAAUCGUGAAUUAACGUGAAAAUGAUGAUUUUGGUAAAACUUUUUAUGGAAGGAACAUGACGGUAAUAAGAAUUUUUUUAUUCGUGAUAAAAAUUUUUUUGAAGAUUCAAUCAAUUUUUUUAAUGCAGUUUUUUUGAAUUUUUUUGAGACUUCUUAUUUUUCGUUUUUUUGAUGCGCUUUUUUUGGAGUUGCUAUUUCUGUUCAUUCAAAUUCAAACGCUUAGUUGUUCUAAAAGAAAGUUUGAAUUUUAUGCGCUAAUUAACGUCGGAGAACUCUUGUUUUACACUUUUUCAAGGGAUUUUUUUUCAUAAACGUCUUUCUUCGUUUCAUUUUAAGUAUCAGUUUGGGGUUUUUGUUACGUUUUUCGCUUUUUCAGUUCAGAAUGAAGUUCCAGGAGUUUUUUUUGACUUCUUUGUAUGCUCCAUUGACAAUUUUCAUGUUCUCAUGUCAUUUUAAUAAAAAAAAAUGUAAGAAAAGCUUAUUCUCUAAUUUGAAAUUGCUCUAAUGUCCAUUUUCAUAACUUUUCUGUGUUCAAGGUGGUCCCGGACGACGUUUUGUCGGCGGCAGAAGACUGGGCCAACGCCAAGUUGGAAGAAGACGACAUGGAGGAAUAA